AACGGCCACUCUGGCCCUUAGCAACAGCUGUUGUUGGCGCCGCUCGGGCUGUGGAGCUGCGUGGUUGAAAGUUGUGAUCUUAUGAGACUGUUGUAAAAGAGCAAUUCGCUCAGAUUGAUCCCCAAAAUGGGCUGUUGAACGGAUUCUGCAGCGAGCACCCAAACAUGUUGAAAACAGCCGGAAAAAUUUAUUUGAAAAUAAGGAAACCUGGAAUUCAAAGGCAAUUCAAGAGGCCGGAGAUAGAAUCGUCUGACAUUCAGUUAAAGACCAAAGACAAACUCCAGCCUCUGCCUCCUGCUGCUCCGGCCACAGACACAGCAACAAAUGGAGCUGCUGCCAAGUGUGACCCGCUGUUUGGCUAUCAGGAUGUGGACCCUUGGCAGAGAGUUUCUGCCCUGGAGAAAAACCUCACAUUCCUGCAGCAACAGCACUCGGACACUCUGGGCAAACUGCACGAGGAAAUUGAGCUGCUUAAACAGGAAAACAAAGAUCUUCAUUUUAAGAUUAUUAUGAACCCGAGAAGCCCAAAUGAAAGGAUCUCCUCUGGGAUUUCUCAAAGUAGUUCAUUUACAGACUGCGCUCAGCCAAGUCCUGGAGAAUAUUCCACAGACAGAGCCCAGGCGCGGCCCAGCCGACUGCCCUGCGCUGUACAGACGGAGGAGGGGUCGGCUCAGAGGCUCUGCACUGACAAAGACGAUCACAGGAGCUGGAGAGGGGAGGUUGCCCAGCCGGUGAUGGCUCUGCCUGGGGCCCUGGACCACACACAGAUGCUGAUCAUAUCACUGACGCCCCUCCUGGUCCAGAUCAAUCACUCACUGCCUCCUCGCCCACCCACCCUGCAGGAGUGCCAGCUCAUCAUCCAGCACAUGCACAGCACCAGCGACCUGCAGUCUCGGGAGCUGCUUCGCCUGAAGACCAAUCUGGGAGAGAUCCUGUUUGCCAACAAGUGGUCUCCAGAUGCCUAUCUCCUGGCCAAGGCCUACCUCGCUGAGCACAGACAGAACGAUGGGAUGCGACUCCCCAAAGUGCCUCUGAGACAUUCAUCAAAAAAAAUGCCAGACAGCCGGCUGCCCAUAGCAGACAGGGUUGUGCUCCCAGCUCUGAAGCAGACGGUGGGGAACAGGGUGUCCGAGCGGCAGAAGCGAGUCCAGACUGUGCAGAAGAGUCGUUACCGGAAGGUUUUAUUGUGAUGCUGUAACACAGAGCCAGUGCUGCCCCCUAGUGACCGCACGCUGCUCACACACACACCAGCCGCCACGUGGGUUUCUGUACAGUACAAAUCACCUCACUAUGCAUUAAACUUCCUUAUACUGUU